CGGAGGUUAAACACUCCUCCACCCGAGCGGAUCAGCUCAGAUCAGAUCACACACCUCACACACACACACACACACACGCGCGUUCGCACUCGUACACUGAAACAAUAAUGGCUCUUUAUCGGAACGCGAUGGAUUAUGGUUCGGAAGGGCACAAGACGCACAAGGCGGGAACUGUGAUGGACGAGCGGCUGGACAGCGGCCUGGACUCACUGCGCGAGGACGACACAGAGGCUUCCUGCAGCAGCGCGCGCCUGGAGCCCGUGAUCACCGGACUCAACGAAUUGAGUGUUCAAGAACCGCACGAGGAACAUUGGAUGAAAGUCAUCACGGAAGACGGAGACACGUAUUUGCAUUUGGCUGUCAUUCAUGAAGCCCAAGACAUGGCAAAAAAAAUGAUUGAAAUGUCGAUCAAGCACCCGUUCCUGAACAAACAGAACUACCAGAGACAGACGGCGCUGCACUUGGCCGUGAUCACAGAGCAGCCUCUGGUGGUGGAUCGUCUCCUGAAGGCCGGCUGUGACCCCACAUUGGUGGACAAUAACGGCAACACGGCUCUGCACAUCGCCUGCAGGACAGGGUCUCUCCCAUGUUUCGGGCUCCUCACGCAACACUGCUUGGAGUACCUGCCGUCCAUCCUGCAGACGCCCAACUACAGUGGUCAGAAAUGCUUACACGUGGUGGCUGUGCAUGGUUUUCUUUCACUGGUGGAGAGCCUUCUCUAUUUUGGAGCAGAUAUCAAUGAACAGGAGCAGUGUAAUGGCAGGACGGCUCUCCACUUAGCCGUGGACCUGCAGAACCUCGAGCUGGUGAAACUCCUGAUCAGCAAAGGCGCUGACGUGAACAGCUUGACAUAUGGUGGCCACUCUGCGUAUCACCUCACGCAUGGACGGCAGAACUGCGCCAUCCAGAGAGCGCUGCACGACGUCACGGAUCAGGACCUGCGGGAACUGCCUGAGAGCGAGAGUGAAGACAGUGAGGACGAGUGCGACUACGACUACGACAGCAGUGAUGUGUAUUCUGAUGAUGAGUAUGAUGACAUUAAAGUGAUGGGGCAGUAGAGGAGAGGAGAGGUGGUUCGGAGAGCUGAAAACUAUAAAAAAAAAAACGUCCAGUCCUGUGAGAGGACAUGUGGGACAAAAGGCUACAGGAGGACAUACCGAGAUAAACGUGAUCCUGAGCCAGGAACAUGCAGGCGGAAGGCCACGGGCGCCGAGAGGAAACGUGCAGGAAGAUAAGAUGAGUCGUAAACAAACAGAAAAACAUAAGAAGAAAGCAGAUGUACUGCUUAGACGUGCUCCGGUACCGGGAUUCAGCAUCAUAAUUCUCUACCAACAUAUCACGGUUUACGAUAACAUCACGAAGGGCAUGUCUGCCUUCCGGCGUAAACAGAUCCAAAAUAAGGACAAGUGGAGGACAGCUGGGACGAUACAGUGUGUUAGAUGCAUUAAUGGCGUAUCGUCUACCUGAUAAUAGGCACAUGCCUGGUGUCUGAACUGAAGCUCCGCCCCUGUAUUCAACUGUAAUAUAAUGUUUAUUGACAGAGUUAUUUUUAUAUGUGUAAAUUUGUACAGAUAUGUAUCCUGUUUUAUUGUUUUGGAAAUUCCAAAAUGUUCUGUUAAAUUAAAACCCCCUAAUUGCG